AUUUCUUGGAAAACUAUUUUCUUUGUUGAAUGACUUAGUUUAUAAUUCAAAAAAAAAAAUUAGUUCAAUAAUUCAUUUUAAUUGAUUAACUGAUCUUAUCGUUAUGGUGAGCCCGUUAUUUCCAUCCUUAACACCACGUUAUAUUGAUGAACAUUGGUUCCAUUAUGAUCAAUUAUUUGAAGAAGAUCAAACAUUAUCAGGAUUGGAGAAAGAAUAUCAUAAUCUAAUAUCAGAAAUUGAAAAUCGUGCCUACAAUAAUAACCAGGAUACGGCAAACAUCUAUUCAGAUGCCGAAGAUGAUGACGAUGAUGAUGAUGAUGACGACGAUUUGGACAAUAAUGAUGAUGAUGAUGUCGAUGAUAGUGAAGAUAGCGAUGAUAAUGAUGAUGAAUUCGAAGAUGAUAUUUUCAAUGUUUCCUUACAAGCUAAUCAUAUUUGA